CCUACAGUACCUACCUAUCACAUUGUGAGCUCUUCCAGUUUCUAGAUCACGACUUUCUUUACCUGCCGGGCCUCCUUUUCAGAAGUAGGUAGUUAAUUAUUAAUACAAGCUUCGACCUUUCUCGGCCGUGUCACCAUACCCAAGGAUUAUACCGUACCUUAGGUAGGCAGGUAUAUAAUAGCCAUAGCUGUCCUCUUUUCCCUACAUUUACUUUCUUCUCUUCUCUUCUUGAAACAUCAUUGCUCAUCCAUAAAUCAACGCUCUCUCCCUCCCACAUUAUCCCUCCCCCAAACCAGCCAACCAAACUUCCAUCCACAACCCCGCCAAGUUUACGUACGUACAUACAUAAAAGAUCGCCAUACCGACGUUCGGUACAUACAACUACACCCCUCAAUUUUUGAAUUUCUUUUUGGCUCACGUCGCAAAAACCGCAAGUCAAUCGCAUUUCGCAAAAUCUACCUAGAUAAACAAAUAAACUCGUCGAGAUGGCCGAACAAAACCAACACACGUACAAGUUCAACGUCACCAUGAGCUGCGGCGGCUGCUCCGGCGCCAUCAACCGCGUGCUCGGCAAGCUUGAGGGCAUCGAGAGCUACGACGUCUCCCUCGACAAGCAAGAGGCCGUCGUCGUCGCCAAGCCCGGCCUCGACUACGAAACCGUGCUCAAGACGAUCAAGAAGACGGGAAAGAAGGUCAACUCGGGCUUCGUCGACGGCGAGUCACGAAGUAUCGAGGUGGCCGAGUAAAGGAAUGAAAAAACGGGCGGGAAAAAGACCAUACAAACGAACGAAACUACCUACGCGAGAACCUCAUGCCGAGCCUUUUUGUUUUUUGGAGCUGCGCGAUGGGUGGGAGAGGGCGAUGCUAUUCGUGAAGUUACUACAUACAUAGGUAGUAUAGGUGGCCUACCUACACCUACUUAGUCUACAGCUUAGGUAGCUCUACAUAGGUAUCUACUUUAGCCACCAAAGAGAGGAAAGAAAGCCUGACGAAUGAUGAAUUGAUAUCCCCUGCGAUCCGGCGUAGGCUUCUUCUUGAUGUCUGGGUCUCGGCCUUCUCAACUUUGUUUCUUCCACCUAUACUGAUCUACCUAUUUCCCAUCUGCGAUUACGUUGAACACACUCUUGAACGUGGUUUAAGUGAAUUAUAAAUCACAAGCAUGGAUGUCUGUGCUUCUUCUUCUUUGCUUAUAUACGUACGCCCAGUAGUAUCCCGUAAUUGAUAUCUUCACCAAGGUCUAUAUAAAGCUACUAACCAGUAAUAGUAUGCCCCUACGAAUAAUAUCAGGUACUAAGACGCUUACAUCCAUCCAUUUAAUAUGUACAGUACCUACAUAUAUGUAUGUCAUAGGCAGGUAUGUAGGUGUCUGCGCGUUAUAUGAAACGUAGGUAGGUACUAGGUACUGUAUAUAUGUAUGGCAUUGUAUGUAGGUGCGUCCGCAUCACCCAGAUGCGCGAAAUACU